UAUCUCCUAAAUGCGAUGGAAUCAGAACAGACAUAUGAAGGGCUUCAGUUUAAAUCUGAAGAUACAUAUAACACUUUAGAGCAACUUCAGGAAGAGAAAAUAACAGUACACAUGGCGUCAAGAUUGGAGAAAGGUAGAUCAGAGCAGAAAGUCACUAAAAGAAAGGAUGAAACUAUCAAGAAGGAAUCGGCAGUUGGAAAUUCAGAGAUGUGUUCCAGAAACAGAAUCCUUCCUAUCCUCUGCUUCCUUCUCCUAGUCCUGUUGGUAGCCAUUGUCACACUCUAUAUUCAAGAGAAGCAAACAUAUGAUGAAUGCCAAAUGAAAGUAAAGACUCUGGAAAGAAAUAUCACUGCCCUGUCUAAUACAAUCGAUCAAUUAAGAAAUGCAUUCAGCAAGUCUUCUAUAGGAACCCAAUGCAGUUUAUUUCCUUGGGGCACCUCAAACUUUCCUGGCUGGACAACUUAUUUUGGGAACAGCAUCUACUUCUUCUCAAAUCAAACACUAAACUGGAGUGACAGCAGGAAUGCUUGUCUAUCAAUGAUGGCAGAUUUAGUGGUCAUUAACAAUGAAGCUGAGCAGAUUUUUUUAAAGAACUCUUCAAGCAUAAGCAAUGGUGGAGCAUUCUGGAUUGGAUUUACUGAUCAGAAAGAAGAAGGAAAGUGGUGCUGGGUAGAUGAUCCAGCAUGCAACACACCGAAUGUAACGUGA